GCCCACCUGUUCCACGAGCGUACACCUGCGCUACAGGUGACAUCGACUGCAUCCCCAUGGCGUGGCGCUGCGACGGGUUCGCGAGUGCGACGACAACAGCGACGAGGAGAACUGCCCCGUCUGCUCCGCCCUGCAGUUCCAGUGCGACAAGGGCCAGUGCAUCGAUGCGCAGCUGCGCUGCAACGGCGAGCUGGACUGCGCAGACAGCUCCGACGAGCAGGACUGCGACACCAUCUGCCUGCCUAACCAGUUCCGCUGUGGGAACAGCCAGUGCAUCCUGAAGAAGCAGCAGUGCGACUCGUACAGUGACUGCGCAGACAACUCGGACGAGGUCUUCUGCGAGUUCCUCAUCCCCUCCUCCAACGACCCGGGCCACACCAGUACCAUCGGGCCGGUCAUCGGGAUCAUCCUGUCCGUUUUCGUGAUGGGGGGAUGUACUUUCUGUGCCAGCGGGUGGUCUGCCGCCGCUACAAGGGCCCGAGCGGCGCCUUCCCCCACGAGUACAUCAGCGGCACCCCCACGUGCCCCUCAACUUCAUCGCCCCGGGCAGCUCCCAGCACGGAACCUUCACAGGUAUCUCCUGUGGGAAGUCCAUGAUGAGCUCUAUGAGCCUGAUGGGCAGCAGCAGCAGCGGAGCGCCGCUUUACGACCGGAAUCAUGUGACCGGCGCCUCGUCCAGCAGCUCCUCCAGCACCAAGGGAGCCUUCUUUACCCCCAGAUGCUGAACCCGCCCCCGUCUCCGGCCACCGACCGCUCGCUGUACAACGGAGAGAUCUUCUACUCCUCCAACAGUCCGUCCACCACCAGGUCCUACAGGCCUUACCUGAUGCGUGGCGUGGCCCCGCCCACCACGCCCUGCAGCACGGACGUGUGCGACAGCGACUACACCACCAGCCGGUGGAAGAGCAACAAGUACUACAUGGACCUCAACUCCGACUCGGACCCGUACCCGCCCCCCCCCACCCCGCGCAGCCAGUACCUGUCUGCGGAGGAGAGCUGCCCCCCCUCCCCGUCCACAGAGCGCAGCUACUUCCACCUCUGCCCCCCCCCGCCCUCACCAUGCACUGACUCCUCGUGACACCCCCCCCCCCGCCACCGCCACUCCCCCACCCCCCCGUCCGUGAAUGGAAAAAAAAAGAGAAAAGAACCGCCUUGCCUGUAAAUACUUUUAAUUAUGAACAAAUAAGAUAAUUCUAUUUUAUUAAUUUCCACUAAUUGUCAUCGGCCUUUCUGUGGGUGGGGACAGUAGGAAAGGAGGGAGAGAGGGAGGGAGAGAGGUAAAGAGAGGGAGAGAAGGAGGGAGAGAGGGAGAAAGGGAGGGACUUCUGGGUAUGGAAGGAGUGUGAGCAUGCGAUGCAGAUCACCAGGCCGUGUGAAAUCUGUGUACAGCUGAAAUGUAUUUAUAACGUGAAUCUUCUUUUUUUAAUUUUAUUUUUUUUUUUAAAAGCCCUCCUUCGGUCGGGCUUGUUUUUAAUUUUACCCACGAACCUCGCACCCCUCGACACAAACGGAAGAGACCUCUAACUUAGAGACAGAGCACAGAGCUUUAAGGUAAUAAGGAUGCUAGCUGGCUACCGCAGUCCUAGGAGCUGCUAGUUUGAGAAAAUGCUCAGUUUCAGAAACCCCCCCCCCCCCCCCUGCAACGAUGACAUAACUCAACCAGCUCGCUCUGCAGAUGCCAAAUCAUUUCAAACGCAAAUUAUGUAAAUAUGUAUCAUUUGUUUUGAUUACUGCCGUGAUCUUUGUUUUUUUCUCUGUGAAUUAUGAAAGUCCCUAAAGCAUUUGUUUUUUGUUUUUAAUUUUUUGUUAAGUUUUUACCAAAAGUGUGAUUGCUGCUAUUGUACAUACGUUUUUUUUUUUUGUUUGUUGUUGUUGUUCAGACUUGUGUCCCAUCACAUAAGAUUCCAAUCCAGAUGUAUAACGAAUCAUACAAAAUGUUUGUUUUUUUUUCAAUUGUAAUAAGUUAUUAAUCCUUCAUAGCAAUUGUUAUUUUGAUUUUUGUGUAGAACAAGUAUAUAUGAAUAUGCGUGUAUUUUGUGAGAAAAAAAGAAGGUGCAUUUCUGAAGAAGAGCACGCGGAAGAACAGUCUAGAAAGCUUCGUAUGUGACGCCAGACGCCAUGGCAGGAAGUGUGCAUGGUCUCUCUGCUUAAGGGGGCAUCUUUCAGUCAUGUGACAUUAGGCCCCUAGCACAGAUGCUAAACGAGCGGCCUGCUCUCACGCUGGAAGGUUCUGGAAGAGCGAUGUUCACGCGUGUCCCUGGAGAGCCAGCAGGCUGUGGCUGUGAUUGGGUGCUGCUUUCACCUGUCAGCCAAUCAGCUGCCAGGUGAGGGGAGGGGGGGAGGGGGGAGCACCUGUGUUAUCAGUACUGCCUAUCAGCUGCUUAAAUUGAUCAGUGGAAGUGUUUGAAUGAAGCCCUGCGAGCCUCGCUGUUCUCCGGGGGUCAGAGAGGAUUCCGGCGUUCCCCAGGGGUCAGAGAACCGAUACCGCCAUCCAGGGGUCAGAGAACCGAUACCGCCAUCCAGGGGUCAGAGAACCGAUACCGCCAUCCAGGGGUCAGAGAACCGAUACCGCCAUCCAGGGGUCAGAGAACCGAUACCGCCAUCCAGGGGUCAGAGAACCGAUACCGCCAUCCAGGGGUCAGAGAAAAGAUUUGGCGUUCCCCAGGGGUCAGAGAAAAGAUUUCGCUGUCCCCGAGGAGGGUCGUAGCGGAUACCGCCAUUUCAGCUGUCAGGGUGGAUACCGGGGUCCGUGUUGCCAUGGCUGCUCCCGGAAUUUGGAAGGUCAGACAGAGGCUGUGAAGUCUGUGAAGAGGUGCCACUUUGACUCUGUUUUGACUCCCCUGUGACUCUGCUGUGACUCCCCUGUGACUCCGCUGUGACUCCGCUGCGACUUGCUUGCCAGAGCGGCUGUCGCCGACCCCUCCGUGCGAUGCGUUUGAACCCUGGCCGUGGUUUCGGUGGCCUGCGAGAGAAGGAAGCCUUCCCUCCAAGCUGGUUCUAGGUUCUGAGAACUCACAGAAACCCCCGGCAACUUGUUUGUUUCCUGAUUUUCUGAACGAGGGACGUGUUUCACGUAAAUGUCCUCUGUACAGAUAAGCUACAACUAGACCACUGUGUAUGAAAUGUCCUCAUAUAUACACAUACGGGCAUGCAAUCACACACUUGCAUGUACACGCACACACACACACCGUCACACACAAGUUUUAGUACUGGCCAAUAGCAUGAGCAAGCUGAUUCUCCCAAAUUCGCUUGUUCUUUUGGAGAUUAAAUAUCUCAUCCGAGGACCCAAAAUGACUGAAUAUUUCUGCAUCGAGAAUCAGGUGUUUUUUUUUUUUUUGCCGGGAGAGCCCAAUGAGUUUUUCCACUUCGUUGCCCCUGUGAGUUCCCUCCGAAACGCUCCUGUACACCCUGCAUUCCCUCUGCAGGACACACGUGUGCCUGUCUGUGACUCUUAAUGCUCAAGCCUGCUAGAGGAACGUAGUUGGUGGCUUUGUGCACCCCUGUGGUAUUUUCCAAAAAAAAAAAACAAACAAAAAAAAAGCACUUAUUUGUGAAACGUACUAAGCUCUGAUGCACAGGGCUCGCCAAAAACAGACUACAAAGUGGCAGGGAUGGCCGUUCGAACACUCACACUCACACACACGCACACACACUAAUGACAACGCACACUUAAUUCACACCGUUUCCUUUCCACACCCAGGCUUGGACCCACGCACGGUGGAUGAUUUAUCCUGGUUCUUCAACCAGAGAGACGGCCAUUAAGAUCCUGCUCCUGGCUAACUAACGAGAGUAGCAGUGGAGUGGGUCGGCCUGGAGACAGAAAAAAAAAAAAAACAAUGACUGAAAGGUUGUUUAUUGGUGUCAAGAUGCUCAACCAUAAAGGCAGGGAGCAGUGAUGUCCGCAGCACCGGCAGUGGUGCCAGUGCUUUGAUCAGGGAAAACGAGGAGAUGAGCUUCCCGGCCGUCCUUUCUGUGGUAUUCGCUUAAUAGUUAAACGCUGAUUGAUAGUAAUAAUGACCAUAAUGAGACUAAUUUGUGUGUAACCAUGGCGACGAUGUUAAGAAUUGUCAAGAUCCCCCGAUGCAUUUUCCCUGCUUCUGUCCACCCGCUAUGACUCAGCCCAGGCUGAUCCUAUGGGGGGGGGUGUGGCUAACUGGGUACAGUGGCCACCAACCACUGGUAAUGUGUCUGGAUUCAAGCCACGCCCCCUUUGGGAGGGGCCCUGUGUUGCCACGCCCAUGGGAGGGGCCCCGGUGUGGCCACGCCCAUGGGAGGGGCCCCGGCGUAGCCUUGCUCCACUGGAGGCACCAGCUGCAGAAUGGCACUUUUACCCAAAAUGCGCAGUCUGUGCCUUGUGUCUCGUGUACAAAAUGCCUUGUAAAAUCUACCCUUUGUGAUAAUUUUUGUAUUAAAGCAAUUUUUAUAUAAUAAAGGUUCUAUUUUAAGGAA